AAGAUGGAAUCAACAUAAAAUACAGCUGAAUGAGAACUCCGACACCUCGUAUAAGUUUGUCCGCAACUAGAUUAAUUGCUUUUGGUAUACGUUGAAUUCUUACUACGUCGAAACUCUUCCAAGUGUGUAACAAAAGCUGGUCAUUCGUCAGAUAAAGACAUUAUCUUUACUAAUUGAGAAUAGUCUGUUACAAAAAUUACGUCUGAAAAUCAAAGAUCUCAUGCACUUUAUAACUCAUAUCAAAGCUUCAGAUUCUACGUUCCGUAUUUAUGUCAUUUUCUCCUAUAUAUUUAUUAUCUAGGGGAUGAAAAAUAAUAUAUUCUUUGAAACUAGUAUUGUAUAUCUUUACGUAAAAAGUAUAACUCUAUAAACCACUAGAUUCCAAACAACUUUAUUUUCUAUUCAGAAUUUAUUUUUUCUUUUAUAAUAAGUUGGACGUAGUGUACAAUAUCACCAUUUCAUCAAAAGAAUCCUAUUUGGAAAGCAGAGAGAGAAAGCAGAUCUGGUUUUGGGUCCGGCGUACGGCCGGCGCGUGAGCGUUCGUGCCGUCGCCGGAGCCCAUUUUCUUUAGGUUAAAAUCGUUUCCCGACUUCUUUUUCACCUCCUCUUCCUAUUCGUUUUGUCGGAGCUCUGUCCAGUUCCAAACCGGAGUGGUCAACUCGGGGAGUGAACAGAUCCACGCGGUGGCGCGGUGGCUGGAGUAACGAUGCGACUGGGUGAAGGGUGAGGUGGGGUGAUGUCGGUUUGUCAGAUUAGGGUUUCCCGGGAGGUGGAGGCUCCUUCAGAUCCAUCGCCGCCGGUCUAGUUUCCGGGAGGCGGAGGCUUCGUUAGCUCCGCUUUCGCCGGCUUCGGUUUCCGGGGGGUGAAGGCGGUCUUUGCCUUGCGCCGCCGGCUUUUAGUCCCCUAGGUUUGUUAGGGUUUUGUUUUUAUCUUUGGUUUUUGCGGUUUCAGUUUGGUCUAGUUGGAGGAGUUCGCGUCGAAAGCCGUUCGAAGCUCUCCGUUGUUGAAGGUGUGGUUCUGCCGGCGAAGCUUUCUUCCCAGUUCCGGUGACGAAAGGAGGCGGAUGAGAUCUCGGGUUACCGAUUGAUCUAUCCACUAUUGGGAACUCGCGGUUGGAAGUGUUUGCGGCGAUGAGGCUUGGUAGCCAGUGAGUUACGGUUCUUCCGGUGGAUCGUCGGUUUGAUCACCGGGGAUGGCUGGAAACGGGGGCACGCCGUGAGCGAACGGAGGCACCGUUUUUAGUUUUCUCUAGGGUUUCGUUUGGUGGGCCUUGGGCCUUUUUGUUGUAAUUCUGGGCUUGGCCCUUUUAGUAAUAAUAUCAACUCUUGACGGAAAAAAAAAGACGUAGGUAAUAAUAUCAACUCCAAAACAGAAGAUAUCUACAUCUGGCAGCCUCUCCCUUCAGGUACUUACUCAACGCGAUCAGGCUACUAUGCGGCCGCGAUGAGGAAGAGUGAACAAAGACCACCAAUCCAAGGACCCUUUGAUUGGAUAAAAGAUGUCUGGUCUGCACCCUGCUCACCAAAGAUGAGAAUAUUCAUGUGGUCAGCGAUACAGAGAGCGUUACCUUUAGGAGAACAAUUACAACAAAGAGGAAUCCGAGCUGAUGCGUUGUGCCAUAAGUGCAAAGGAGUUGAGUCAGCAAUGCAUACCUUUUUUCGAUGCCCUUUCUCACAAGAGGUAUGGAACCUGAUCCCCCUCAAACAUGUAGUUCACUUAGCUACAGGAAGCAGCUUCAGAGACGCUAUUGUGGCCUUCCGACAAGCAGUCUGCCUUCCACCAACAGGAGUUUCAAACAACAUCCUUCCAUGGAUCUGCUGGGCAAUCUGGACAGCUAGAAACCUUGCAAUCUUUGAGAACAGAACCCUAUCAGCAAUGGAAGUAGCAACCAAAGGAAUCAGGUUAGCUAGAGAAUGGAAUAUGGCACAAGACAAAAAGAAAGCCACAAAGAAUACUCCACCUCGCCUCCAUAGACCUCCUCGUGCUUCGGUAUCGCCAGCAGUGCUAACGAUCGGCAAAUCAGACGCGGCUUUUGAUAAUAGAUCGCAUCGAGCAUGACUCGCAUGGAAUUUCACAGAUUCAGCAGGAACUAUGAUCAUCCAAGGUUCCAGGAUCCAGGACUCCAUCGGAUCUCCGCUAAUAGCUGAAGCCCUGGCCCUUCGAUCUGCAAUCCUCUCAGCGGUGAACAGUGAGGUUACACACCUCAAAAUGUUCUCUGACAACUCAACGCUCGUUCGAGCCAUCACCAACGACACGCAGGCCUCGGAAAUCUUUGGUAUCGUAAAGGAUAUCCAACAGAUGACCUCUGCUUUUGUCGAGAUAUCGUUUUCUCAUCUUCCUCGUUUACAAAACAUUGAUGCCGAUCUUUUGGCAAAACAGAUUCUGCGUUUAUCUCUGUAAUGGACCCGUUAACGGGCUGACUUGGGCCUGAGGCCAGUUUCUUUAAUUUUAAUGAAUGUGUCACAAAAAAAAAGCAAAUCUAAUGGCUUGUUACUUUUAGAUUGGACCUAAAAGAAUAUUCAUGUCGUAGUUUCUAUUUUUCUCUAUAUAAACACAGUCCCAGUUUAUUCUCUGAAGCCUUCCUCUCUUCUUAAUCAAUUGCUUUCAAGUCUCAGAAACUCUUUCUUCUAAAUGAGACAAAAGGGUCACAGACACGGAGGAGCAGUGUCACCUUGUGCCGGAUGUAAGCUUCUUCGGAGAAAAUGUGUGAAAGAUUGCGUCUUUGCUCCAUAUUUUCCGGCUAAAGAGCCUUACAAAUUUGUCAUUGUCCACAAGAUCUUUGGUGCUAGUAAUGUCAAUAAGAUGUUGCAGGUGUUGUCGGGGAACCACCGGAGCGACUCCGUAAAUUUGUUGGUGUACGAGGCCAACGCCAGGGUACAAGAUCCUGUGUACGGAUGUGUAGGAACAAUUUCGUCAUUACACAGACAACUCGAAACUCUCCAAACUCAGCUAGCUUUUGCUCAGGCCGAACUGGUUCAUCUGAAGACGCUCCACCAUGUUGACACUAGAUCGCCGCCGUAUAUGGCAAGUAGCAUUACUUUCCCCACGAUCAAAGACUUCUCCAGUGACGUCAACAUGACUUUUAUGUACGAUAAUGGUGCCGGCGAGUCCCUUUGGUCGUGCUAGCUUUUCCCUGAUCUAUCCAUGCAAUAGUUAAAAAGGGCAAAAAAAUAAUCAGAUUAUAGCCAAUUUAUAGGCUAUACUAAUGAACGUAAUAAGUAUAUAUAUAUUAAAAAAAAACAAAUUAGCUGCAUGGAAGAGCUAGUAACAACUAAAGAAAUAAGAUUAUAAACUUUAUUUAUGUGUUGAACAAAAACAAAAACUUUAUUUAUGUAUGUCUUCUUUUGAGGAUUUUUUUUCUUAACUAAUGUUGGGAAAGUUAAUAGAAAAGAGAGAGGCAUAUUAAUGUAACAUAUAUGAUAUAGACUAGUAGACUAGUAGACUACAUAAGUUAAUGUUUUACAAACUCAUGAUUUAUAACUCUGAAAGAACAAUAUGCUAUGCAAGUCUAUAACUAUGUUAAUCUAUACAAUUUGAAUACUAUUAUGUGAUCAUUUAAAGCAAAUGCCACAAGGACCACGG